AUGAACGGGAAUGGGAGUCUCUGGGUGAACGGCACGCAGGCCUCCGUGAACGGGAAUGGGAGUCUCUGGUCGAGCAGCAGCACCCAGACCUCCAUGAACGGGAGUCUGAGCGGCACCCAGGCCCCCUCCUCCAUCCUCUUCCUCCCCAACCAGACGACCACACAGGGGGGCCUGGUGGUAACUCAGGAGGGCCUGGACCUGGACACCAGCACCUCCACCCACGAGUUAAAGGUGUUCAACAUCACCCUGACCGGUCUGGCACUGUUCAUCCUCACAGUCACCGGAGUUCUCUACAGCAUCUCAUUGGUCCGACGCAGAAGGCAGUCCAAGCAGGCGCGCAUCUACGAGAGCGCAGUGGGGAGCUUCGAGACACCUUCCUCCACCCUUCCCAUCACCGGCCUGUCUGGAGCAGAAGAACAGUCAUCGUCACAUUCGCCGUCGCCAUCGCUGGUGGAGGAGGGCGACUCCUCCGCCUCGUCCGGCCCGGCUCUGGGCCUGGGCCUGGGGUCAGGGCUUGGACUCCUCCUGAGGAGGUCGUUGCGCAGCAGCCUCCGGCGCCACAGCCCGCUGCUCUCCUCGCUCCUCCUCCGCAGCAGCAGCAGGCGGGGGGAGGCAGGGGCGUCCAGGGACAACUCCAGGAUCUACUACAUCUACUCCAACCCUCUCCCCGUGGGCAAGGAGGACGAAGAAGAGGAAGAGGAGGAGGAGGACAGGGAGAGAGGGAUGGAGGAGGAGGAGGAGAGAGAGAGGAGGGCUGUGGUGGUGAGCUAUGGUGGUGGCGGUGGUGUGGAUGAGAGGAGAGGAAUGGUGGAGGAGGUGGAGGAGGAAUGGCAGAGAUGGAUGGGGGUGGGGAGAGAGACGGGAGAGACUGCUGCAGUGAGCCAUCGUGAUGGCCCUGGUGGUGUGGAGGUGUGGAGUGUGGAGGUUAGGAGAGAAGAGGAAGAGGAA